UCUUCCCCUGCUACUUUUAUUUUUGCACCCAACCGGAAAAACACUAAUCUGAGUUUUCCCAUCGGUUCAUGGCACCACAUGAUGUCUUAAAACUGCUUCAUCCUAUUUGCACUUGAAAAAAGUUGUAAUCUUUGGUGAGUUGAAGAAAAUGGGUAGGAGUUAUGCACAAGUUAAAGGAGACGCCUUUGUGCCUCCAUCAGAACAACCACCAUAUUUUCUUUCUCAGCCAAACCCACCUUUCACUCCUACUGUUCGAUCUGAUAGUUUCAGUUUUAACGAUAAGGCCUUGAAGGUUAGUCCUAGCAUUCUUCUCAUCAUUAUAAUUCUAGCUAUUGUUUUCUUCAUUUCUGGUUUGCUACACCUACUCGUUAGAUUUCUAUGGAGACCUCAAAGUAGAGAGCCUGAUGAUUUGGAUAAUGUCACUGCUCUUCAAGGCCAAUUGCAGCAACUCUUCCAUCUUCAUGAUGCUGGUGUUGACCAGUCCUUUAUUGACACUCUCCCUGUGUUCCUUUACAAAGCCAUCAUAGGACUCAAGAACCCUUUUGAUUGUGCUGUUUGUUUGUGUGAAUUUGAGCCAGAAGACAAGCUCAGGUUGUUGCCAAAAUGUAGCCAUGCUUUUCACAUGGAGUGUAUUGAUACUUGGCUCUUGUCACACUCUACAUGUCCUCUUUGUAGAGCCAGCUUGCUUCCUGAAUUCUCUGCAAACAACGCUUGUUCUCCCAUUGUUCUUGUCCUAGAAUCUGGGAGUGAGAGUUCAAGGGAGAUUCUUCCUGAGGCUGCAGUUGGAAGAAGUAGUUCUGUUGUCACUACAAAUUCUCACAUUGAUUGCCAGGGAGAGAGUGAAUUUGGAUCAACCCGUGUGGAUUUGAAAUCGGUUGAGUUAAGUGACAAUCCUGAUCCAACAGUGGCAGGAGAUGCAGUGGCAAAAGUGGUCACUGUUAAGCUGGGAAAGUUCAGAAGCGUGGAUGGUGGAGAUGGUGAAGGAAGUAGCACCAACAAUUUAGAUGCUAGAAGGUGUUUUUCUAUGGGGUCUUUUGCUUAUGUUAUGGAUGAGAGUUCCUCACUUCAAGUACCCAUAAGGACCCCAAUCAAGAAGCAAUCUAGUAAGAAGAAGCGUGUUUUGCCUUUGACUCCAGGACACAGGCCUGCAAUGUCAGAAUGUGACUUUGAAUCCAGAAGGGAUUUCAAAUUCGCAGGCUUUGAUGCUACUAUUGUUGAGGAUGUUGAUGGUGCCGCAAGUACUUGUAAUGGUGGAGGUGGUGCUGCUAUUGGGAGCAGAAAGGAGAGUUUUUCUAUAUCAAAGAUUUGGCUUAGGGGGAAAAAGGAUAAGCCAAAUGCAGUGGCAGAUUCAUCUAGAAGGGCUGUUUCAUUUCGCUUCCCAGCACAGCGUAGCGUUGUUGUUGCUUCUACUAGUGCCACAGACGAUUUGAAGGCAAAGAAUUGCAAGUUUGACACAAGGAGUACUAUUUCUGAUAUGGAUAUUGGGAAAUGGGUGAGUGGAGGAGGAAGUGAGUUCGGUUAUGAUGAAGAAAGCCAAAGUUGUUAUAGUGUGGAUUCUCAAACUAGAGCGCCAUCUUUUGCUAGAAGGACUUUGCUUUGGCUUACGGGAAGACAGAAUAAGGUUGUUCAUUCAUCCUCCGAUUCCAAUCUCUAGUUUAUUUCUUUAUCUCCUUUUUGGGAACCAUUUUUUCUUCGAUCCUAUAGUUCUGGAAUUUAAAUUUGUUAAAAGCAGAAUGUUAGUGGUAGAAAGAUGCAAAAGAAAUGGAAAAGGGAAAUGAGUUGGGAGAUCUGAAUACAGUGUUUUCUGCUUUGAGUUUGCUGCUGUUCCAUUGAAAAUUAGUCAACCUCCGUUGAGGGUGAAAAAAUGUAAAAGAAAGAUUCUUUUGUUUUCCUCUUCGAGGAUUUCUCAGUUCAAUGGCCACAUUAAAUCAUCAAAUAUUUUAGGUCUCAGUUUUCAUUUGAUACUACAAUCUUGUAAUAUUUUUGUAAAUCUUCUUUGCUUCUCAUAAUCCUGUUACCAGCAGUUAU